AUGAAGCAAAAACCGGUGACAACAGUAUUUGUUGGGAAUAUUUCUGAAAAAUGCAGUAACGAAUUCAUGCAGCAAAUGUUACAGGAAUGUGGUAAAGUGACCACAUGGAAGCGUAUUCAAGGUUCGAAUGGGAAGUUCCAGGCGUUCGGAUUUUGUGACUUUGAGGAGCCGGAAGGGACUCUAAGAGCACUAAGAGUGUUAAAUGAUUUCCAAAUUGGAGAGAAAAAGCUAGUAGUUAAGGCUGAACCUAAAGUCCGUGAAGAGCUCCGAUCAUGGGCUAUACAAAACCGGAAGGAUAAUGGAAAACCAGAACUUCACCUGAAGGAAGAUGAAUUACCAGCUGACGACGACGAUUUGAAAAAAGAUGAAGAAGUUCGACUAAAGAUUUUGGCCUGGAUUGAUUCUGAUCAUCCUCAAUUGGUUACAUUAGCAGAAGGUGAUGCAUUUUCUGUGUUGACGAAUAGCAGUUCGUACAUGUUUCAGGAUGAUGAACGAGAUAGACGACGGCGAAGGUCGCGGUCAGAUUCACGUUCGCGCUCCCGCAAUGAGAAGAGGUCGUCGCGUCGCAGUAAAUCGCCAAAGCAUAAGCGUCGUCGUCGAUCUACUUCUUUCUCUGGGUCUUCGGAAAGUAACAGUGGUAGCGAUUCUUCUGAAUCGCGUAGCAGAUCACGCUCCCGAGAACGCACACCGCCGAAGAAAAGAAGAGAGAGGGAGAGGUCGUUGAGCAGAAGUUCCGAGGACAGUGAGGAUGCACGCGAGAAGAGGAAUUUAAAGAAACAAAUCAAAGAGAAGGAACAGGCUUACGUUUCUCGGCUAACAAAAUGGGAGGCUAGAGAACGCCAGAAAGCAAAGCAGUACGAGCGAGAAGAACGAAGAGAGAAAGAUAGACGAGACAUCUUAAAGGAAGCAAAAAAACUGAAACAUUUUCUUGAGGAUUACGAUGACGAAAAAGACGACCCGAAAUAUUACAAAAGUUCUUCGUUGUUUCAACGUAAGCGCGACUUCGAACGUGAACGUGAAGCUGACUCAAAAGACCGUUUAAGGGAACAACAGGAAAUAGAAGAGCUCCGAAAGCAAAUUCUCGCUGAAAAUAAAGAUGUUCAGGAUGUGGAUGAAGAGGCUCGUAGGAGACACUUUGAGAAGGAAGAAGCAGCGAUGCGUCGUCUCCGGGAAGACAGCGGUAGUCCAAAUCCACAUCAACCACUUGGUCAAAGAGAUGGAAACGAUGACAGUUCGAGUAGUAGCGCGGAUAGUGAUGAUGAAGACGAUGACAAAUCAAUUGACGAGAAAUCAGUUGUUGAUGAAGAAGAAGAUGCAAAGACACAAAAAACUUCACCAGUUACUAUGCGUGGAGCAUCCUCGAGCACUUCAAUUCAAACUCUUCAGCGAGUUGAUGACGAAGAGGAAGAAGGAGGCCGUAAGCAUUUGCGUCCUUUUGAAAUUACACAAGAAGAAAGGAUGGAAACGCUGACGACCGAUGAGAAGAAACGAAUGGUGAGGGAUCUCAUCAACAACAUACCCACUACCAAAGAUGAGUUGUUUGCUCACGUCAUUGAUUGGCGGUACGUUGAUCGAUCGUUGAUUGAACAACGAGUUCGCCCAUGGGUGGCAAAGAAAAUUAUGGAAUUCCUUGGUAUGGUGGAUACCAAUUCUUCCCAUGUUAAAUGCAUCAAAACGUCUCCUGAUCGCAUAUUGGGUGAUAUUGCUAUGAUUCUUGAUGAAGAUGCCGAAGUGUUCGUCGUCAAAAUGUGGAGACUUCUCAUUUAUGAGAGUGAGGCUAAGAAAUUGGGUCUUGUAGUUCCACGUAGUAAUCAGUAG